GAACACUUAAUGUUGGUCACUAUUAUCAGGGAAUAGAAAUCAGAAAGAAUAAAAUAAAAGAUGGCAAAAUUGAAGAUAAAUAUUAUGUGAUCUAUGAUGUAACAAGUGUAUAUUUUAGUGAUAAUGAAGACUCAAAAUGUGAAAUUAAUAAAAUGUACUGCAAUGUACCUGAUGAUGAAAAGAGAGCGAUAGACAACCAUCG